AUGCCAUGCAAGCUGCAACUUGGCUCCUUUUUUCCUGACAUCACCACCUUAUGUGUCAACUCCUCACCCUCCCUCCACCUCUUUAAAUUCUACCACUGCCCUCAUCGCCACCAUCACUCCACACCAAGCACAAUGGCUAAACUCUUUCUUUCUUUAAGCCUCCUUCUACUCGUCCAUGGCUGCCUAGCUUUCCAACAGAAAAACGAGUGCCAGAUUCAAAGAAUCAAUGCUGUCGAGCCCAGACAGCGUGUCGAAUCAGAAGCCGGUUUCACCGAGUUCUUUGAUACAAAUGACCAGCAAUUCCAGUGCGCCGGCGUGGAGGUCAUCCGCCACCAGAUAGAACCGCAAGGCCUGCUCUUGCCUUCGUACGUAAACGCCCCUAUCCUCUUCUACGUUGAACAAGGGGAGGGUUUUCAGGGAAUGACGUUGCCUGGUUGCCCGGAGACAUAUGAAGUAUCUCAACAACAAUUUCAAGGACGUAAAGGUGGCCAGUCUUUCCAAGAUCGCCACCAGAAGAUCCAGGAAUUCCACCAAGGAGAUGUCGUUGCCAUCCCUGCCGGAGCUGCACACUGGAUCUACAACAAUGGACAAGACGAUCUUGUUCUUAUUGUUUUGCUUGACAGCACCAACUUCGCCAACCAACUCGACCAAAACCAUAGAAGAUUCUUCCUCGCCGGAAACCCACAACAAGAACAAAAACAGCAACAAGGACGACAACAAAGCCCAUGGGGUACACGUCAACAAGGCCAAUCACUAGAAGCCGGUUCCAACAACAUUUUCCAAGGAUUCGACGUGGAUGUUCUUGCCGAGGCAUUCAAUGUGGAUAGAGAGACAGCUGAGAUGCUCCGAUGUGAAGAUGACCGGAGAGGUCACAUUGUGAGGGUUGAAAGAGGCCUUAAGGUUGUCAGCCCUUCGAUGAGCCGUGAAGAGCAAUGGCAAGGUCAACAAGGCGGACGUGGACGUGGUCAAGACAACGGUUUCGAAGAGACCAUUUGCUCGAUGAAGGUCAGAGCAAACAUAGACGACUAUACCCAAGCUGAUGUCUACAACCCACAAGCUGGCCACUGCAACCAUCUCAACAGCUUCAAGUUACCCAUUCUCCGGCUUCUUCAACUUAGCGCCGAGCGGGGUGUUCUUUACAGUAAUGCUAUAAUGGGACCAUACUGGACAAUGAAUGCCCACAACAUAAUCUACGUGACAAACGGGAACAUGAGGAUGCAGAUAGUAAACGAUGAAGGGCAAGCCGUGUUCGACGACCAGAUCCAGGAACGACAGCUGGUGGUGGUACCACAGAAUUUCGCAGUGGUGAAACAAGCCAACGAACAAGGAUGUAGGUGGAUCUCCUUCAGGACCAACGACAAUGCGAUGAUCAACACCUUGGCCGGACAAACCUCCGCCAUAAGGGCGUUGCCAGUGGAUGUCCUAACAAAUGCGUACCAGAUUCCAAGGGAAGAGGCUGAGAAACUCAAGUACAGCAGGGAGGAAACUGUUAUGUUCAGCCCUGGUUCGAUCUCCUCCCGCGGAAGAGCGCCCAGGGCUUGA